AUCUCAACGAACAAUAAGACUUUACUUCCCACCUCGACAAUGAAGUGUCUGUCAAUUUUCCUGAUUUUUGCCGCUGUGAUGUUCGCGUUGGCAUCGGCAAAAUACGUAGGCUACCAAGCAAAAGAGAAUAAUCUGUAUAAUCGUCUUGGUAAGAAAGAAUGUAAAAGGGUGAAAGAUUGUCAGGAGUUAUAUGGGAAUAACAAGAUUUGGACUUGUAUCAAGGGCGAGUGUCGCGAACUGCAGCCAGUGGAAACCGACGAUGACGAUGAUGACAGCGCUGAACAAUGGCACUGCACACCUGAAAAAUGUAACCUGGGCGCUGAACCAGGUGUCAGAUACACCUGUAACACAAAGGGACACUGCGUUGAAGUCCGGGAGUUACUUACUCCUGAUAGACAUUCAAAGCAUUAAAAUAGUGGAAAGAAUUCAAUCCGCCGAA